AUGGCCUUCCAACCCUACACCCCCAAGCCCGCCACGGACAUCUUCACCACCUACGAAACCGACAUCAACCGCCGCGAAUGCCGCCGCGUCGUCCCCAUGCGCGUGCUCGCCCUCGGCCUCGGCCGCACCGGCACCGCCUCCCUGCGCGACGCCCUGCAAGAGCUCGGCUUCAAAGACUGCUACCACAUGAUGUCCGCGUCGGUCGAGAACCCGCCGGACUGCCUGAUGUGGUCCGACGCCCUGGCGGCCAAGUACGAUGGCGUGGGCACUUUUGGCCGUGAGCAGUGGGACCAGCUGUUUGGGCAUUGCCAGGCCAUUUGCGAUUGGCCUUGCGUCGCUUUUGCCAAGGAGUUGAUUGAGGCGUACCCGGAGGCCAAAAUCAUUUUGACGACGCGCGAGGUGGACAGCUGGCAUGCGAGCACGAUGAAGACGGUGCAUUGGCGUGCCACCGAGCCGGAGUUGAAGCUGGCGGCCAAGGUGGAUUGGGCGGCGAGCAUGUACCAGCCGAUGAUUUCCAAAUUCUGGCAAAACUUCUGGGAAGGCGACUUUGAAAAGAACGGCAAGCGCCGCUUCAAAGAAUACUACGCCGAGGUGCGCUCGCUCGUGCCCGCGGAGAACCUGCUCGAGUACAAGAUGGGCGAAGGGUGGAAGCCGCUGUGCGACUUCCUCGAAGUCCCCGUGCCCUCGAAGAAGUUCCCGCGCACCAACGACACCGACGGCUUCGUGGGCCGCUGCCGGAAGAGGAACCGUAUGCAGAUGCUGAAUGGCUUGUUCCGCUACACCGUCUACGGCGGCUCGCUUGCGGCGGUGGUGUUGGGCACGACGUUUACCGUGCGGAGACUUUUGUCGAGCAACAACCGUUCGCUGUGGUAG